AUGGCCGAAGCCGCUGGAUUAGUGCUGGGCGCCGUUCCACUUGUCUUUCUCGCUCUGGAUAAGUACCAGGAUUGUCUGGAGUUUGGAAGAAGCUACGCGAAAUAUACAGACACACUGAUGAGCAUAAGAGAUGAGGUCUCUCUUCAACAGUUGCAGUUCAAUGAUACGAUGGAAAUGAUGGGUCUGCAUAAGCCAACAUACAUGGAGCUUGAAGACUGUCUCUGGGACCACUUUCCUGAGAACCACACAACUUUCAUGAGGUACAUCAGAAGGAUGGCGGCAAUCAUCAGCCAAUUAAUGGCUAAACUUGAAGUGGAUGCCAAUGGCAAGCACUCCGACAACAUUUCUUCUCGAGCUGGAUGGGAGUGGCGGCGAGUGAAGAGAAGUUUGUCGACGAAGGAACGCACGAAGCUAUUCGAUGAGUUACAACGUUCAAACACCAAUCUUCGAUCGCUCUUGUCAGAGCCCGAGGUUCCCGUCGAAGAUUGGACACCAAUGGUUCGAACCUUUGUUGCUCGUUACAAUCAAACCGAUUGCGAUGCUGUACGAAUGCAAGCGUCCGAAGUCAAGAAGGCACUGGAUGCAUGCUGGAAAUGCUCUUGUUCCCAUCAGACAUCGCUUGACCUCAACUGGUUCAACAAUAGACCGACAAAAUCGCCUGUGUUCAAUGUGCUGUUGUCUUACAGUAUCACGAACAGCCAAUGCCCCAUAGGAAGCCCCAGAUGGCGGCAAGCCCGAGUUAAGGUCGACGCCGCUGGAGUAAGCAGCAGCGCAGGAAACGACGAACAGGUCUUGGGACCACCAAUAACAGAUAUGGGGCUUCUCACUGUGUCUCCUUCACAGACUGCAACCACGAAGCAACAAGCACGAAACCUGUUCUCUCAUCUACGACCGAGAAGUCGUUCGACAAGCCCGCUUCCUCCGUCGACCAGUGAUCCCACGGCUAACAGCUCGUUGGCCAAGUCGGUGAAGCAGAUUGAUUCGUUGUGCCGAUUCGUACAGAAACUGGAUAAUGGUGGCGAUUUGCUAGGAUUCUUGUCUGUGCCAGGAGGGACAAAACGCGUCCACUUCGAAUCGCUUCCAGGAGAUUCUAUCACCGAGGAGGCAAAUUUGGUUCAUCUUUUGCCGCCAAACAUACCUCCGGCACAUCUGAAACUCAGCCGUCGAAAGCGCUUGGAGGUGGCCGUGGCCGCUGCGUGGACGACUUUGUUGCUCUGCGAGACGCCUUGGCUCAACCAUGCAUGGGAUAAGCAUGAGCUUUGUUUCUUCUCGGAGAGCGUUUCGACUCCUGAUCUGCUUCCUGCAAGCCGCUGCGUUUCAAUGACACAGGGUUGUACCUCAAGUCCACUGCCGACAGAUAUCGCUGGUGUCAACGUUCAACACAAGAUAAUUCGCAACGAGGCUGUCUUUGCCUUAGGGAUUCUUCUGAUCGAGCUCGGCCUGAACCGAUCUUUUGAGGAGUGCAAGAGGACGAAAAAUCUCGGUACCACCACGAACGUUGUCGAUGACUACAAUGUCGCAGACGAUCUGAUCGAGGACGUCUUCGAUGAGGUUGGAGGACUGUAUGGAAAUGCAGUGCAAAGAUGCAUCAGGUUCGCUUUUCCAGGCAGAGACACGACAAAGAACUUCAGUCAUGCGGCCUUUCGACAGUACUUUCAUAAUCUGGUUGUGGCUCCUAUCGAAGCUACUCUGUCGACAAUGCCACCUUGA